AUGGCCGAGCCAUUCCGGCUCUCUCUCACAUUUGAGGAUGUUGCCAUCUGUUUCUCGGACCAAGAGUGGCAGUACCUGGAGACCUGGCAGAAAGACCUUUAUAAGCACGUAAUGAGAGCCAAUUACGAGAUUCUUGCUUCUCUAGGUGGUGGGAUUCCCAAGCCAGAACUCCUAUCCUGGAUUGAACAGCGGGGAGAGCCCGUCAGGAACUGGGGAGAUGCACAGAGACCUGAAGACAUCAUUUGCCCCUCUGCUAACGUGCAUUUUGAUGCAGAUCUUAAGGGACAGCUGUUUCGGGGGAGCCUGCAGGCUGCGAAAGCUGAAGAAAGUCAAGGCUGGUUGCAACUAGACCCUCUGCACAGCCAGGAUUCAUUUGGCGCCUUACUAGAAAAAGGGAGAGAGUCUUUUCCGUCUGACCCUGGGCGUGCCCUCGUGAAUUGCCAUGGACGUGACACCCUGGAGCCAGUUGCCACUUGCUGUUCCAGGGAGGCACUUAGAAGGGAGGAUGCUCUGGGCUGCAUCUGCAGGAACAGCCACUGGGGACAGAGCCCGCCGCGGGUAGCCAGGGGUGGCUGGGUGCAUGGUCUGCGACCCCUGGCAGCACCGGUGCAGGAGAGCCCGACCCGGUGUGCAGAGGCUGUGCCAUGUCUGGGACCCCAGGCGGAGAAGUCGGUGCUGGGCCCCCAGCACAGCCCGUGCCUCCUGCAGAGGCACCUGCGGUUGGCCACGGAGGGGGCUGCACCCCCAGGGAAGGAGCCGGCCCAGUGUUGCAACGCAGGCACUAGGUGGCACUCGGAGGUGCCACCGUCCUGUGGGGAGUGUGGCAUGGACCAGCCUUCCCAGGGUACGUUGUGUAACAGGAGCAGCACGCAGCGGCUCGGCCCUGGUGACAGGCUGCUACCCAGCGCCGAGUGCAGGAGCUCGGAGGGCGGCGCGCGCUCCCGGGUGUUGCGCGCACGCCGAGCCCCGCAGCAGCGACUCUUCAUGUGCGCGCAGUGCAAGCGGGGCUUCGCCCACCGCUGCAACCUGUGUGAGCGGCCCUUCCGGUGCGCCGAGUGCCAGUGCAGCUUCCGCCUGCCCAGUGUCUUGAGGGCACGCCAGUGCAUGCAUGGCGGGGAGCGGCCGUUCGCCUGCAGCCAGUGUGGCAAGGGCUUCGCGCGGCAGUCGAAGCUCACAGAGCACCUCCGCGUGCACAGUGGUGAGAAGCCCUUUCCGUGCCCUGAGUGCGACCGCCGCUUCCGCCUCAAGGGCCAGUUGCGAAGCCACCAGCGCCUGCACACAGGAGAGCGACCCUUCCAGUGCUCGGAGUGCGGCAAGAGCUACCGGGUGAAGGCCGACCUGAGGACACACCAGCGUCUGCACGGUGGCACCAUGCCCUUCUCUUGCCCAUGCGGUAAGGGCUUUGCCAAGCAGUCCAAGCUGGUGGAGCAUGUCAGGACGCACACGGGUGAGAAGCCCUUCCAGUGCCCCACGUGUGACAGGAGAUUCCGCCUGAAGGCACAGCUGCUCAGCCACCAGGGCCUGCACACGGGGGAGAGGCCUUUCCACUGCCCCGAGUGCGGCAAGAACUUCCGGGAGCGGGGCCAUAUGCUGAGGCACCAACGCAUCCAUAGGCCUGAGCGGCCCUUUGCCUGUGGCGACUGCGGCAAGGGGUUCAUCUAUAGGUCGAAACUGGUGGAGCACGCCAGGGUACAUGCCAAGGCCAGACAUGCGCCCAGGGAGCCUGAGGUUAAGAAAAGACUUCGCCAGCUGUUUGCCAUGAUAGAGGCUGAUUGGAGUUAG